GGGCGAGUUGGGGCAGCGACACGUUCCCCCAGGGGAAAGCUCAGGGCUCUUUUGCGGGCAGUGUGGGGAAAGAGAGACUCGAGACCCGUCCUAUCGUGGAGGAGCCUGCUAGGCCCGUGUCGCGGGGCGAAGACGAACUCUAGGGUCCAGUUACCCUCCAGGCAGGAGCGCCCCUUCCGCCAUCAGGUCCCGGAUCUGCGCGGCCCUGCGCGCAGGGUCACCCUUGGGACUCCGGGAGCUGGGGUUUUCCGGGGAACGAGCCCGGGUGGGCUCCUCAGGCGCUGUCAUUCCUGCAAGUGGGCCCCGCGGGAAGCCUUGUUACUGCUGCCUGCGCAGGGGCCCGCGGAGGCUGGGUAGGGCAGGGCGGGCACUGCCAGGCCUCCUUCGCCUUCUUCUCCUUCCCGCCCCGGCGCCACCCCACUCCUCCUCAGCGGGAGAAUCCGACACGCGGGGCUGCCCGCCUCCCUCGUGCCGGAGGCGUGCAGGAGGUGUCCCGGCGUGGGCCUGAGAGCGGCGGGGGCUGCUUGCAGGUCUGGUGAGGCUGAAAACACCCUGAAAGAAAGGUCUUUCCCUCGAGUCUCUGGGUGCAGCGUUGCUGCUUCACACGCGGGCCACAUUCUUGUGUGUCGGUGUGACGAUUUAAGGACCAUAGUACAGCUAUGGAUACUGAACCAAACCCGGGAACAUCUUCUGUGUCAACAACAACCAGCAGUACCACCACCACCACCAUCACCACUUCCUCCUCUCGAAUGCAGCAGCCACAGAUCUCUGUCUACAGUGGUUCAGACCGACAUGCUGUACAGGUAAUUCAACAGGCAUUGCAUCGGCCCCCCAGCUCAGCUGCUCAGUACCUUCAGCAAAUGUAUGCAGCCCAACAACAGCACUUGAUGCUGCAUACUGCAGCUCUUCAGCAGCAGCAUUUAAGCAGCUCCCAGCUUCAGAGCCUUGCUGCUGUUCAGGCAAGUUUGUCCAGUGGAAGACCAUCUACAUCUCCCACAGGAAGUGUCACACAGCAGUCAAGUAUGUCCCAAACGUCUAUCAACCUCUCCACUUCUCCUACACCUGCACAGUUAAUAAGCCGUUCCCAGGCUUCCAGUUCUACCAGCGGCAGUAUUACCCAACAGACUAUGUUACUAGGGAGUACUUCCCCUACCCUAACGGCAAGCCAAGCUCAAAUGUAUCUCCGAGCUCAAAUGCUGAUUUUCACACCCGCUACCACUGUGGCUGCUGUACAGUCUGACAUUCCUGUUGUCUCGUCGUCAUCGUCAUCUUCCUGUCAGUCUGCAGCUACUCAGGUUCAGAAUUUAACAUUACGCAGCCAGAAGUUGGGUGUAUUAUCUAGCUCACAGAAUGGUCCACCAAAAAGCACUAGUCAAACUCAGUCAUUGACAAUUUGUCAUAACAAAACAACAGUGACCAGUUCUAAAAUCAGCCAACGAGAUCCUUCUCCAGAAAGUAAUAAGAAAGGAGAAAGCCCAAGCCUGGAAUCACGAAGCACAGCUGUCACCCGGACAUCAAGUAUUCACCAGUUAAUAGCACCAGCUUCAUAUUCUCCAAUUCAGCCUCAUUCUCUAAUAAAACAUCAGCAGAUUCCUCUUCAUUCACCACCUUCCAAAGUUUCCCAUCAUCAGCUGAUAUUACAACAGCAGCAACAGCAAAUUCAGCCAAUCACACUUCAGAAUUCAACUCAAGACCCACCCCCAUCCCAGCACUGUAUACCACUCCAGAACCAUGGCCUUCCUCCAGCUCCCAGUAAUGCCCAGUCACAGCAUUGUUCACCGAUUCAGAGUCAUCCCUCUCCUUUAACAGUGUCUCCUAAUCAGUCACAGUCAGCACAGCAGUCUGUAGUGGUGUCUCCUCCACCACCUCAUUCACCAAGUCAGUCUCCUACUAUAAUUAUUCAUCCACAAGCACUUAUUCAGCCACACCCUCUUGUGUCAUCAGCUCUCCAGCCAGGGCCAAAUUUGCAGCAGUCCACUGCUAAUCAGGUGCAACCUACAGCACAGUUGAAUCUUCCAUCCCAUCUUCCACUUCCAGCUUCCCCUGUUGUACACAUUGGCCCAGUUCAGCAGUCUGCCUUGGUAUCCCCAGGCCAGCAGAUUGUCUCUCCAUCACAUCAGCAAUAUUCAUCCCUGCAGUCCUCUCCAAUCCCAAUUGCAAGUCCUCCACAGAUGUCGACAUCUCCUCCAGCUCAGAUUCCACCACUGCCCUUGCAGUCUAUGCAGUCUUUACAAGUGCAGCCUGAAAUUCUGUCCCAGGGCCAGGUUUUGGUGCAGAAUGCUUUGGUGUCAGAAGAGGAACUUCCAGCUGCAGAAGCUUUGGUCCAGUUGCCAUUUCAGACUCUUCCUCCUCCACAGACUGUUGCGGUAAACCUACAAGUGCAACCACCAGCACCUGUUGAUCCACCAGUGGGAAUGCAUUUGAACCAGUGUCAUCUGCACAAAGUUUUUUCUCUUAAGGUUUAUCAGGUUGAAGAUGUGUGUGAAGAAGAAAUGCCGGAAGAGUCAGAUGAAUGUGUCCGGAUGGAUAGAACCCCACCACCACCCACUUUGUCUCCAGCAGCUAUAACAGUGGGGAGAGGAGAAGAUUUGACUUCUGAACAUCCUUUGUUAGAGCAAGUGGAAUUACCUGCUGUGGCAUCAGUCAGUGCUUCAGUAAUUAAAUCUCCAUCAGAUCCCUCACAUGUUUCUGUUCCACCACCUCCAUUGUUACUUCCAGCUGCCACCACAAGGAGUAACAGUACAUCUAUGCACAGUAGCAUUCCCAGUAUAGAGAACAAACCUCCACAGGCUAUUGUUAAACCACAGAUCCUAACCCAUGUUAUUGAAGGCUUUGUGAUUCAGGAGGGAUUGGAGCCAUUUCCUGUGAGUCGUUCCUCUUUGCUAAUAGAACAGCCUGUGAAAAAACGGCCUCUUUUGGAUAAUCAGGUGAUAAAUUCAGUGUGUGUUCAGCCAGAGCUACAGAAUAAUACAAAACAUGCGGAUAAUUCAUCCGACACAGAGAUGGAAGACAUGAUUGCUGAAGAGACAUUAGAAGAAAUGGACAGUGAGUUGCUCAAGUGUGAAUUCUGUGGGAAAAUGGGAUAUGCUAAUGAAUUUUUGCGGUCAAAACGAUUCUGCACUAUGUCAUGUGCCAAAAGGUACAAUGUUAGCUGUUCUAAAAAAUUUGCCCUUAGUCGUUGGAAUCGUAAGCCUGAUAAUCAAAGUCUUGGGCAUCGUGGCCGUCGUCCAAGUGGCCCUGAUGGGGCAGCGAGAGAACAUAUCCUUAGGCAGCUUCCAAUUACUUAUCCAUCUGCAGAAGAAGACUUGGCUUCUCAUGAAGAUUCUGUGCCAUCUGCUAUGACAACUCGUCUGCGCAGGCAGAGCGAGCGGGAAAGAGAACGUGAGCUUCGGGAUGUGAGAAUUCGGAAAAUGCCUGAGAACAGUGACUUGCUACCAGUUGCACAAACAGAGCCAUCUAUAUGGACAGUUGAUGAUGUCUGGGCCUUCAUCCAUUCUUUGCCUGGCUGCCAGGAUAUCGCAGAUGAAUUCAGAGCACAGGAGAUUGAUGGACAGGCCCUUCUCUUGCUAAAAGAAGACCAUCUCAUGAGUGCAAUGAAUAUCAAGCUAGGCCCAGCCCUGAAGAUCUGUGCACGCAUCAACUCUCUGAAGGAAUCUUAACAGGAACAUGAAGCCUUGAUAAAACAGCAGUUUUACUCUUCUCACACAAACUUGUAAGGUAAAGGCCUAACUUGGUCUAGAAUAUGACACUUAUUGUGGUGGAUAGCCAAGCACAUUGGGAUCUCCGCAUCAAAUACUGACAUUUCUUCUACAGGUAUAAUAAUUCAUCAUGCAUUUUCAUAAUUAAUAAACAUUGGUAAAAUUAAUUUUACAGGUUACAUGAAACAUUGAAAGACUUGUUACAGAGGGCCAUGAUAUUUUUCAAAGAAAUGUGUUAUACUAGAUAAUUUUUUUAAAGGUGAUGUUUAUCAUUAAUAUAAAGAAUCCUUUUAAAAGUAAUUUAAUGAUUUACAUUUCUCCUCUUUUGAUUCAAUUUUCUUAUACAUUUUUUCUACCCUAUUAGUUUUCUAAAGGUUGUCAUGAGAGGUAUAUUAUGGAAUAAUUUAGUAGUCCAGUGACAGAAUCGUAUGAAAUCAGUGUACAUUUUAAAAAACAUGUCUUUUAGACAUAUGCUUUAUCUAUAAAAAAGGAAUUGUGUUCUAGUAUGAACAAUACUGAUCUGGAAGUGAGAAGAGUUAGUUUCUAUUCCAAACUUGACCAAGACUUUGGUUUGACUGAGAACGUUUUCCUCUCAGUUUUUGUACAUUUAUUUAGAGCAGUGGUUCUCAGUGGAGGUCAGUUUUGAUCGCCAGGGGACAUCUGGCAAUGUUGAGACAUUUUGGUUGUCACAGCUUGGGGGUGGGUUCAGGGGAGGGUUGCUACUGGUGUCUAGUAGGUAGAAGCCAGAGAUGUUUCUAAAUAUCUUAUAAUGCACAGGACAGCACCCCUCCACUGUAAAGAAUUAUUGGUUCAAAAAUAUCGGUACUGCCAAGGUUGAGAAACUCUGAUAUAGAAGGAGUGAUAAAUAUUGUUUUCACCCAAAGGAAUACUUUUAAAGGAUGAAGCUUACUAAACAUAUAUGAUGGAAGUAUUAUUCAGAUAACAUUAAUAUUCUGCUGAAUAAUUUUUUCUAGUUUAAUCAUACUAGAAAAAGAAAAAAAAUCUACAAAUUGUCCUAUAAAAUAAGGACAAACAUGCAAAUAAUUUAACUCUCAGAAAGUACUAAUUCAUUCUGAUUAUCUUUCAUACCUCUGUGCUCCUCUGCACUGAUGAAGACAUAAUAUGAUUAUACCUAUGAACUAGUGCACAGCCUUUUCUGGCAAGAAAAUAGCUUGUAGCAGAUACGUGGUUGCUCUUUGGAUUUUUUUCUAUUGUUGAACAUGCUGGGACUAGCUAGAAUGCACAUUCCUACUUCCUUUACCAAACGUUUGCAUGCUUCCUGCAAAGCACUUACCAGGUGAUUUCUCUUGAACCGUCGGAUAUAAUUUUGUAUGUACAUAUUUGAGGAAAGAAAUGUAAAGCAAAACCUUUUACUGAACAGUGUUCUAUAGAAUUAUGACACUAAAACAAAAUUGUUUGUGGAAGCCCUGAAAGCUUUAUAGUCCUGGACAUCAAAAAUUUUAUUUGAGAUGAUGAAUGUUUUGUUUUCAUCUUUUCUUAUAUUACCACGAUUGAGAUAUUUUAGUAAUUGAAGGAACAUACACAGAUAUUUGGCAGAAGUCGAGUAAAGAGGGGAAAAAAAGAGUCCGUGAGUUUCAGUCAUUUUCACUGCUCUUUUCAGAAAGAUUGUGUUGAGCUAGUAGAAGACUAAAGAUGUCACUGAAGACAUCACAGAUACUAUAUUUAUCUUUUGGCUUUGUGUACAUUAGAGAAUGUUGAUUAUUUUUAUACAAAAAUACAGCGGGUAAUUUUUUUAAUCUUUAGAUGCCUCUUGUUUGAAUGUAUGCUUUGUGGAAUUCUUUGUGUAGUAAUGUUUUAAAAAAAGAUGUUUACUGAUAGUUACAUGUAGGAUUAGAAUAUGUAAUAUAAGGCUCAUGUUCCAGACCUAUGAUAGCUUGUAGUCUAUGUUACAUAUUUCUUUAUAUCACAUUUUUAAUCAUUGGAUUAAAGUAUCAAGGAAAGCUAGGUACUCUAUCAUCAGUUUUCAUUUAUUAGCAGUUAAUCAUCAUGACAGAAUUGUCAUAUGCUUGACUUUUCCCUCUUCUUGGAAUUUCAGAACACAAAUACAGGCUAAGCAUUAGUAAGAGAUGGCCCACAGUAUGAGAGAGAGAGGUGCAACGGAAAAUCUCGCCUGGAAUUAAAACUUUUCAUAGAUUAUCCACGGUUAAUACAAAAUUUAUUAUAUGGGGAUAGACUGAUCCAGCAAUAAUGAUUACAUCCUAUAACUGUAUUACCUAUGGCCUUUAAGGUAUCAAUUUUGAACUGUGUUGUAGGCUCUCCUUUUAUUUGUUCUCUUUCCUAAUAGCAGCCAUUCUGUACUUAUUGAAAGCCCCUGUGCCUACUGCUGUCUUAAGUAUUCAGGAGGGGCUUACAAGAGGGUUUUCUAUUGGAGAAUACCGUAUAAUCUUAAAUCUAGUCCAGAUCUCUGUUGUCCCCACUCAAAACAUACACAAAAUAUGCACUUGCUUUUUUCAAGUGAGUUUUUAUUUAAAAAUGGCUUGUUUGCUAUCACAUUGGUGCAGCUGUUUCUUCCAAGAUGAGUUAAUCAUCUUAAUUUCAAAGCUUCAGCUAUAUAUAAUGGAUAUAUAUACAACACUGAGCAUCCACCUCUCCCCUGAGCUUUAAAGCAGAGUUUCAGUAUGAUAUAGGUGGGGAGAGUACAUUGUUUUCAUAUCCUUUCAUACUACUACUAAUAGUUUUAGGAUUUUGACUGGGGAGAGAUAAUGACAAACAGAAAGGGAACAUGGAGGUUCUUCCUACUUUUGCUACCUAAGUUUGCAUUUUCUGACUUCCUUGCAGUGUUGCACUCUUUGUCCCAUUGGGAUAAAAAGCAUAAGUUUGAAAUUUUGCUUUAAGCCUUGUGUUCCUAGGGAAGUUAAACAACUAAGAGAGCUGAUGUGUAAAAAUUAUUUUUUAUAUGACAUUAAUAUUCAUCAAGCCUUGUGUAGGCAUGUGUAAGACACAGCUAUGCAGCUUUGAGUAGUCAAUAUAGUAUGAGAUAGAGUGUUGUCCUAAAUCCUCCUGUCAUUUUUUAAGUAGCAUAUUAUUUCCCUGAUGGCCCUGUUACUUUGCUGUUGAAUACUCUAAACAGAACUUUUUAAAAGGUGUGUUUUAAGAGCAGUCACCCAGGAGUAGACAAGGUGGAAUGGGAGGAGAGAAAUGGUAAUGCAAAAGCUUGAGCAUGGGAAGAGUCAGAGGAGGCCAUCAUCCUUGUUAGCUUAGCCUACUUCAACACUGAGCACAUUUCUGCACUUUUGAAGUGAAAUUCAUGUUUUACUUAGAAGAAAUAAUUUUCUUUCAUUAGGGAUCCCAGUUGAUUUUUGUUUCCUGGUGUAUCAAAAUACUUAGAACUAUGAAACAAGUAUUAUUGUGAUCAUGCCUUUGAAUAAUUUUUGACGUAGCUUAUCUUCAUGUAUCAAGUAUAAAAUUAUAAUGAGACAUCUAUUCACAAAUACAAGUCUUAGAUUGAAUUGAAAUGUGUUAUAGUGCCCUGUCUCCCACUGACUUGUUCAGUUAAAUGUCUUAAAGUACAUUAUGUACAUCUUCAGGCUUUUGGUACCACAAUGGCACAAGUAUGGUAGGGAGGCAAUAUAGUCUUAGGCUAUAUGCCUAUAUUAAGUGUGUAUAAACAAUUUUUGAAAGAAUACACUAUUAUAGAUGUAUGUGAGUGAUGCUGACCUGACAGCCAUAUCCAGUGGAUGAAACUGACUGGACACACUGUUAAAAUGUUUUAAAGAUGUAUUUUCAACCAGAACAGCCUGGUUAUAGUUUGUGGUUUUCACCUUGGUGGAUUGCAGGAACACAUGCAGCCUACUGGCAUUGAGCAUUAGCUAAUGGCAUGAAAGGGCCUCAUCUCACUACCUCUCUAAGGCCUCUAGCUCCAAGAAAACUGCAUGAAAACUUCUUUCUUGGAGAGAUCUUUGUCCCAAAAUCCUUAGAGAGGAUUUCAUAUGGGGCUAACUUUAGGAAGGGAGGCAGCUGGGGCAGGACUUUCUGAUACCUGACAGUCAUGUCCCAGAGCAACCUUUGGGCAGUGGAAACUGGCGCAUCUAUGCAAAAUGAUUGCUCAAUCUCUAUCUUGUGUACUACAUAUGUAACUAGCUGGGCCCUAAGGAAGGUUUUCUAGGGGGAAGGAUAGGGAAGUAGAGGAGGAGACAAGUAGGAGGAACAAAGCAUUCUAGACCCAAGAGGAUAGAAGAUAUUUAGGAUAGAUAUGGCUUUCAUCCAUAGUUCAAAAUAAUACAUUUUGUUAGAUGCCAGUUAUAGCAGUAAAUAGGUUAUAGUUUUUAUAUGUCAAGAUUUACCUGUAAUCAGACUCAUUCUUUCACUCUCUAUACCCACUGUCUCCAUGCUUGGGAGCAUGGAUAUUAAUAGUGAUAUAGAAGUUAGUGAUUUUUGAUUUCUGAAAAAGGUGAGAACCUUUUAUUACAGUUGGAGAAUAUUUGUCAAAAAUUCAAAGGUUGUUGUAAUUGAGUUGCCAGAAUUACAGAGAGUUUCCAUUUUCAGAUACCACAGUUGAAUCACCUCUGUAGAUUGUUAUAAAGAGAGGCAUUUUAAGAUAGUAUUUUAUUUGCUAGGUUGUGUCUCAGUCUAAGAAUUGGGAAAAGAAGAGCUAUAGGUUUCUCUUUCCUAGUCUGGAUUUCAGUAAACACAAGCCUACCUCUGCUUCUUUGGUUCACAGCAGUGUGGAUCAUGAAAUGAACUGUUUACCCACAUUCAUCAAUAUUGGUAUUUUACAAAUCUACUUGGAGCAUUUAAUUUCAUCUCAAAGAUUGUGAUCCACUUUAGAUAAGCACAAAUACAGUAUUAGGAAAAGUAAAUAUGCAAUCUUACUAAAAUUUCAACUUGUUAAGCUGUAUAUCUUAAAAGAAAUUAUUUGGGGCUGGGCAUGGUGGCUCACACCUGUAAUCCCAGCACUUUGGGAGGCUGAGGUGGGUAGAUCACCUGAGGUCAGGAGUUCGAGACCAGCCUGACCAAUAUGGUGAAACCCCAUCUCUACUAAAAACACAAAAAUUAGCUGGGUGUGGUGGCGUGCACCUGUAAUCCCAGCUACUUGGGAGGCUGAGACAGGAAAAUUGCUUGAACCCAGGUGGUGGAGGUUGCAGUGAGCCAAGAUCACACCCCUGCACUCCAGCCUGGGUGACAGAGCGAGACUCCGUCUCAAAAAAACAAAACAAAAAAUUAUUUGGGAAGAUAGGUCCUCUUUUGUUAGAAGUUCAUAAAAUGUAUCAUUAUAUAGUUUUGUUCACAGUAGUUAUAUAAGCUUUCUUCAAAUAAAUUUAAAAUUAGAUUACCUUCUUUGGAAAAAGAAUUUCCUAAAUUUUUAAGAAUUUUCAAAGUUUUACAUAUUAGUUUUUAGAACCUAAUCCGUUUUAAAAUUGUACUAUGAGAAAGCUUUUUUUUGAAAGUUGUAAACCAUUAAUACAAAUAAUACAAAUAUAAUUAUUACCAUCACAUUCCAGAGAAUAUGGCUUUUUCUAAACUUUCAAUUUAAAAAACAUACAUUAAGGGAGAAUCUCUGCCCUCCUUUUCAGCUCUGAAGAUCAGCUUUUCUACUCAGACACAUGCACACACCCCUUCCAAGUGUCAUGUUUAUGGGAACAUUUGGGAAAUGUUUUCCAGAUGUUUUAUUUUUUCCCUUUUAUAGUUUGUUGACAUUUAAUUUUACUUAAAGAUGACAAUUUUAAUCGGAAAUGUUAGAGAAGAGGUACAACAUAAUGAGGUUCUAGCUAGCUUUAUACUUUUGAAAAAUAUUUUUGUUUCUACUGCUUUUUACAAGUACUAGUCCUCUCAGUGAUACUGGUGGUGUUCAGUAUGAAUCCAUAGAAAGAAAACAAAAUGUGUUGUUUAAAGAAAGCAGAGUAAUGAAUGAAUUUCAGUUUUGAAAACAAUAUAAUUUGAAAACACUGUUAUACUAACAUGGCAAGGUGUUAAUUAAAUAUAAGAGUAAGGUAGUAAGUUCUUUUAGAGCACCUGUUUAAAUUUACUCCAGUAAUCAUCUUAAGGAUUGAUAGUCACCAUCAUUUAUUGGCCUAAAAGUUAUAUUUCAUGGAAUAUUAUCAGUGUUAAAUCCAAGCUUUGUGGAGCUUUAAGUGACGGUGGUGAAAAAGUUGGUGUUUAUGAGAGAGUGGUGGGGUGUCUAGUCAUUAGUGAAGUUAAACAUCAACCUGUUUUAGAAAGAAUUUUUUAGUCUUGCCUCAAGUAAACCAGAAGUGUCUAGUGUUUAAAUCUUUAUUUAGAAUGCUUCUCUUAAAAGUAUUUUUUGUUUUGGGUAGUAUUAAAUAGUCAGUAAAUAAUCUAUUUCAGUAGUAAAUAAUAGAUGAAUUAAGAUGAUGAUGAGUGAGGAUUAACACACUGGUCUGGAGACUGGGGUUUUAUUUCAGUGGGUUAGCUGUGUGUGACAUGUUGGGCAAUUACUCAGCUGUUUUAACAGCUUCCAGAUAUGCAGUAUGGUGCCUGUACUACUCAAAAGUUGAUUUUGGUUUAAUUCAUCUUUAAGGUACCUCCCAGCUCUAAAACUAUGAUUCUAGGCUGUGUAAUGGAGUUGUUCCUACUUUAUUCUCUUUCCUUUUUUAAGGGUUCAUUUUAUACUUAAUAAGCAUCCAUUUCUUGGGUCACCUACAGUCUUUGUUCUCCUAAGGAUUAAAAUAGAAAAUUCAUACAUAACAAGCAAAUGAUGACAUUUUCCUAAAUGCUCCUUAUUGGUUAACCACUGAAUAUAUGAACACAUAUGAAUAUUGUCAUUCAUGUACUUACAUUCAUUUAGCAAACUAUUUGAACACUUAUAUGUGCAGUGUUUGGUGAACAUGACAUGAGGAACUAGUAGUAAGUAAAAUCUUCCCCCCAAAAUUCAUUGUGGCUUAAAUAAAUAUGAACAUAAUCAUUACUACUUAAUAUACUGAGAGGGAAUCUUAAUAAAAUUGGAACUGGGAGGGAAUAUUUGUAUGCAUUGGGUAAAGGGUUAGGCUAGAUGACAUCUAAGGGGUCUGAGUGAAUCAUAUCAUAAUUUUUAUAACACAUUUCACAUACUAAACAUCAGUUGGCCCCAUACCUGAUAAAGUUACAAAAUUUAGGAGACUUAACAUUAAGGACUUACAGGUUGAGACAACCCGUAUUUCACAACAUUAUUUUGACACUUGAAUCUAUUCCAGAGUUGUUGCUAUACAAGGCAUGUGGCAGAACAGAAAAAAAGCUGGUGUUGAUAUAAGAGCUUUUUACCCAGUAUUGACAGUGAGCAACUUUCUUUUUUUUUUUGAGAUGGGUUCGCUCUGUCGCCCAGGCUGAUGUGCAGUGGUGCGAUCUCAGCUCACUGCAACCUCCACCUCCCGUGUUCAAGCGAUUGUCUUGCCUCAGCCUUCCAAGUAGCUGGAAUUACAGGUGCCCGCCACCACACCCGGCUAAUUUUUGUAUUUUUAGUAGAGACGGGGCUUCACCAUGUUGGCCAGGCUGGUCUCGAACUCUUGACCUCAAGUGAUCCACCUGCCUUGGCCUCCCUAAGUGCUGGGAUUACAGGCUGGGGCCACCACACCCAUCCGACAGUGUAGCAACUUUCUAAAACUGAAAAAUCUCAAAGGAGAUCAUUGGAACUGACUUGUUCAUUUAUUUUUUGUUUUUAAAUUAAGAAAGAUUACACAAAAUAAAUGUUACUGUACUUUAAGCUAUUACAAAUAUCCACCUUUUAAAGAUAUGUAAGAAUCAGUAAUAUUCUAGAAAGCACAUAUAUAGUAAAAGGGCAUCCUUUAAAUGCAGAACGGGUAAACAUGAAACAGUUCCAUGCUUGAAUUGGUAAGUAUCUAGGGGGUAAACAUUGAAUGGGAGAAUCAUUUACUGGGUUAAGGUCCCUUCCUUGUCACUCUGGGAUGCUGUGAAUCACAUUGUAAUUCCUGUUGACACAGCUUUACGUGUUAACAUCAGUUGAUACUGACAUUCUCCAUAAAGAUAUAGAAUGAAAAUAUCUAUUAAAAAUAGUUUAUCAUUGUUUCAGCUUUUUUGUUUUGUUUGUUUUGAGACAGAGUCUCACUUGUCACCCAGGCUUGAGUGCAGCGGUGUGAUCUUGGCUCAAUGCAACCUCCGCCUCCCAGGUUCAAGAGAUUCUCCCACCUUGGCCUCCCAAGUAGCUGGGAUUACUGGCAUGCACCACUACGCCUGGCCAGUUUUUUGUAUUUUUAGUAGAGACGGGGUUUCACCAUGUUGGCCAGGCUGGACUCGAACUCCUGACCUCAAGUGAUCCGCCCACCUCAGCCUUCCAAAGUGCCGGGAUUAUAGGCAUGAGCCACUGCGCCUAGCCUGUUGCAGCUUUUUAAAGCAGGAAAAUAUCCAAAUAAACUGUUGGGUUAGAAUCUAUAUUAGAAUCUUUCAAACUAAGUGAAAACAGGAAGACUAUCAUCUAAGUAGCCAGAUAAUCUGGGUUUCAAAAAGUUAUUCCAUGGUACUGGUUUAAAAAAUACUUUUCAAGUGUUUUAAUUUUGAAAGUGUAACUAAUUUUUCAAAUAUGUUAUGCUGUUAAAAUAUGUAUUCCAUAAGUACUUUUUGUAUAUGUAUUCUUAAAUUUUAAAAAGUCAACUGAAUGUGCAAAGAUGAUAUAAUUUUGGAUGUAGACAUUUAAACUAGAUUCCCAGUCCUCUCCUUCAAAAGCUUGGUCUUUGUUUUUCCUAUAGGGAAAAAAGUCAAAAUAAGUUCCAAAAACUAUCCUCAAAGUAGUAUUGUGCUUGUAGUAAAUGAAGGUUGGAUGGAUGGAUACUGACAAUGGUGGCAGGCAUUUCAAGCCUUUUAAAUUAGUACUUUUUGUCUUCUUGCUUAUUAAAAUUUUGUUAAUUUUAGCAAAGACCAGUUGUUGUGAUAAACUGGUGUUUUUUGGAUGCUUCAAGCACAUGUUAACCAAUUUUUUAAUUCCCCUUUUGGUUCCUCCCAUUGUUCUAAAAUAGGACUUUCAUAUUAUUAAAACCUCAAAAGAUGAUCCACCCAGGAUGAACAAAGAUCACCAAGGGGAAAGAAAACAUUUUUUAUCUUUACAGAAAACAUGUUAAGAUUAUAUAUAGAUGUAUUCUUUACAUUGGAUAUUGUAUUAGAGACCUCCUUACAAGAAAUGAAAUAGUUUUUAGCACUCUUAGCAUUAGAGUUCCUAGAUUGGUGUUGAUAGCUACAGUUUUAAAAUGUAUAACCUGAAAAUGAAGGUUAAUUUUGCAUUGUAAGAGCACAUUUGAUCUAUGUAAAAAGUGUCCAUUUGGUGUAUUUUUUUAAAAAAGAGAAAGCACUUUCAUAUUAAGUAGCAUGUGUAUGAAUUUAGAUUUUCAUAUUUGUUGUGUCUGUAUUCAGUGAAGUAAAUUGAGCAUUUAAAUGUUUGUUGAUGGCAACAUUAACUAUUAAAUUAAAGCACCUUAUACUCUGCUGCUUAACUUGCUUGUAAUUGCACCUUUGUUACCUGCACAUUUUCAUAUAGAAUAUUGUUGUAACAUUGCUUCAUGUGGGUCUGGAUGGAAGAUUAGUGGGCCUACAGGAUCAUUUAUUUAUAUUGUUUAUAUUACAAUAAUAUAUUGUAGAUCAGUUGUAAGUUCAUUUCUUUACAAAUAAAAGCCUCUUCCAUUUG